AAAACGAACUUAUUUCCUUCUCACUCUCAAGCAAAAAUGGAAAUCUUCUCAUUAUGGAGUUCAAAUUCUCUGUCACUUGACCCGCCGGGGACGCCUUCCAAGUCUUAUAGCAACACCACCAUUGCCCGGCCAGGGCCAGCCACCUCCUCCGACGAAGAGUUCUUAUUAGCUUCGAGUCUACCAAAACGACGUGCCGGACGGAAAAAGUUCAGGGAAACCCGACACCCAAUAUACAGGGGUGUUCGGCGGAGGAACUCUGAUAGGUGGGUGUGCGAGGUGAGAGAGCCCAAGAAGAAAUCCAGGAUUUGGCUUGGUACUUUUCCCACUGCGGAAAUGGCUGCAAGGGCUCACGAUGUUGCUGCAAUGGCACUCAGGGGCCGCUCUGCCUGUCUCAAUUUCGCGGAUUCUGCGUCACGUUUACGGUUGCCGGAAACUGCGGAUGCAAAGGAUAUACAGAGAGCGGCUGCUAAGGCUGCAGAGUCGUUUCGGCCUGCGGAGACUCGUGAGGAAAUGUGUUGCAAUGAAACGAGGGUGAAGAAGAAUGAGACGACUUCACCGGAUACUACUACUACUACUACUACUUCUACUAUAAGUAGAACAACCUUGUUUCUCAUGGACGAAGAGGAGGAGGACUAUGGAAUGCCGAGAUUGCUUGAAGACAUGGCAUUACUCUCUCCAACUCAUCUUGAAGGUGGCUUCUAUUGGGACGACGUGGAAUUUGAUGCUGACAUGGCCUUAUGGAGUCACUCCAUUUGAUUUUUUUUUUUUUUUAAUAUUCUUUUGUUCUUAUAAACAUUAACAAACAGAGUCAUUAUC